AGAUUAGGACGGAUUAGGAUGGCGAACGAGGGACUGGGUCGGGUGUUAAAUUUUCAUGAUGGCGGAGAUUUUUGAUUUCCUUCAAUUCAAAGAUUCGCAGUAUUGACAUGAAAAAUGCCUCGCGAUCGUACGAUCGCUCUUGUAGACAUGGAUUGUUUUUAUGUGCAAGUCGAGCAGCGUUUAAAUCCGAGUAUUAUUGGCAAACCAUGUGCUGUAGUUCAAUACAAUACUUGGAAAGGCGGUGGGAUUAUCGCGGUGAGUUACGAGGCCCGUAAAUUCGGCGUUACUCGACAAAUGCGAGGUGACGAAGCCAAAGCUAAAUGUCCGCAAAUAGUACUGUGUAGAGUACCAGAGUUGAGAGGCAAAGCUGAUUUGACUCGAUAUCGUGACGCAUGUGCAGAGGUCAUGCAAGUGUUGCAUAAUUUUGCUGAUAUUUGUGAACGUGCCAGUGUUGAUGAAGCUUAUCUCGAUUUAACCGACAAAGUUGAAAGGGAACUGGAGAAUACAACAUUGGAUCAAUUAGUUGAAAUGACAAUGGCAUGCAGUCAUAUCAUUGGUUAUUCAACAGAUAUGAACAUUCCAGUUACAAGGGGUCAGUGGAUGGCUGCAUUGUCUGAUCAAAGAAACAGAUGUCUGGCCAUGGCAGGCAUUAUAAUUCAACGAGCAAGAGAUGCAGUGAAGGAGAAAACAGGUUUUACCUGUUCAGCUGGUAUUUCAUACAAUAAGGUUUUGGCAAAACUUGCUGCAGGAACCCAUAAACCAAAUCAACAGACAAUACUUCCUUCAAAGUCUGUUCCUAUGUUUUUUGAAAGUAUGCCAAUCAAGAAAGUGAGAUUCUUUGGUGGAAAGUUUGGGAAUUGUGUAACAGAGCGACUUAAAGUGGAGUUCAUGUCUCAGUUGACGAAAUUUUCAAAGGAGGAACUACAACGAAACUUCGGGGAAAAAUCUGGAAUCUGGCUUUACGACAUGUGUCGUGGAAUUGAACAUGAACCAGUAAGAGCCAGACAGCUGUCGAAAUCAUGUGGUUGUGGGAAGAACUUCACUGGGAAAGCGCGACUUAUUUCGAAGGAUAAAGUUCGCUACUGGUUACUCCAGUUGUCGAGUGAGCUCAGUGAGCGACUGAAAAUUGAAGAAAUGAAGAACAAUCGGUGUGCGAAACUGGUGGCAGUUGGUUUGAGAACAGAAGAUCAAACUUCGGCCGUACGUUCUUUUGCUUUGAAAAGUUUGGAACCUGAGGCGAUUUGUGAGAGUGCCUUGAAUGCGUUGAAAUCAUUUAACUGUGGACAAGGUGAUCAGUGGAAGCCUGGAGUGACGUGUUUGUCUUUGAAUGCAAGUAAAUUUGAAGAAAAUUCAAAAUCAACUUCCGGCGUUUCCUCAAUUUCAUCUUUCUUUGGAAAGAAAUCGAACGGGAAGAUCAGUGAAACACAGACAGUAAAAAAUUGCGAUGACAGCUCCAAGGAAGAACUUACCAACAACUCGUUACCAACAACUUCUCAUAAUGUGGAUUGUAAAGCACCAAAUAGUCAGAGAACUUUCAGAGAAUGUGUCGAAACAAAGUGCGACGAAAGUUUGGAAACUCUCCAUAGAAAUACUUAUGAAAAUAGUAGUACGCAGAAAGCGUUUGGUUAUAAGAAAAACGAAAUUGAUGCUGGCGUUGUGAAUGAGUUACCUGACAGUAUCAAACAUGAAAUUCAGCAAUUUUUGGGUUCUGCUGAAUCUUGCAACCCACAUCAACAGAAAAAACGUACUUUAAAUGGCAUUCAAAAAUACGCCGUUCGUCAAAAGUUAGACGGCCAUAACAACGCUAAAUCCCCGGCGAGUUAUGUGGGAAGUGUAGAGGGAAAAUAUACUUUGGAAGAUAGGGAUGUCGACUAUUUUGUUUGUGCUAAAUGUGGUGAAAAGAUAGCAAGCUCAAAAAAGACGGAACAUGGCGAUUAUCAUUUUGCGUUGGAGUUGAAAGACGCGAGAGAUAUGACAGUGAGUCGUCCUAAAACUCGUGAACCGCCAAAAAAAAGGCAAAAUUAAAAGGAAAUAUCAGUAACUUUUUUGUUACUGUCAAUAAAAAAUAACGAAAAUAAUAAAUUUUAUACCAAUAUAACAUGAAGUCAGCAUGCCGCUGAACAUCUAUUGCUGGCUCAACAAAACUCCGAAAAAUAAUGAACAUCAAGACUUAUCAUUUAUCUUAAAUUUAAAACAAUUUCUAAAAGAAAAAUAUGAAUUACCUAUCAGUUUA